UACGUUCCUACUACCUCUGUCUCCUACGUCAACUAACCUAGUUACAUAAGUUAAUUACUUAGUUACGUAGUUAGGAGGUAUCUUGCUUGUUAGCGACCGCCUAAACUAAACAGUCCGCUUAUCGAAAAUCAAAAUUUUGGAGAGACACUCGAAUUCUCAAUGCCUUCAAUUCGCCUUGGCUGCAUUCGAUCAAUUUAUUCUCAUCUCCCCCACGACAAGACCACGCACAUUCUUCCAGGGCCCUUGUAUUCGAUCUGACAAUUAUGUCCCACGAUCUGUUACCUCUACUUCCUGCGACUUGUCGAAAAUAAGACAAUAAAUCAACAUCAUUGCUCUCUAGUUACUAGACACUAGAUUCUAGAUCCGCGUCGACAAUAACUUCUAGCUCAAGUGCGGUUGCCAUUCGUGGCGGUGACGAUUCUCGAUGCCCGGUGUGCAGAUGCAGCCCGCCGCCACAACAACGGUCGCGCAGCUGUCGAGACAGGCCGCAAAGAUCGCUUCCUCCCCAGCACCGCUCAAACCCAUUCUGAAAUCUUCGCAAUCAUUGAAGAGGAAGGCUUCCGACGAUGAUAGCCUACACAGCGACGGCACUAUGGAUGGUUCUCAGAGCCCCCGCAAGCGACAAAGAGUCGAGUUCAACAUGAAUCUAGAAAUCCACGAGGUUGGUACAAGAUCCGUCGACGAGGUCAAGAAAGAGAUCCAGGACGCCCUCGACGGUCACACUCGAGGAGAUGACGAGGAAUAUGAUAUACUAAAGCAGACCUUGUCUGGGAAGUACCGAUUCUACGACGACGAUGACGAAGACGAGGACCCUGAUCCGACUCUACCUGAGAAGCGCCGCCAGGAACUCAAGGUUUACAUGGUGGCUCUGGCUAGCUUUGUACCGCAUCUGGGCAGGUCUGCCAACGGUCUUGUGAAAGAGGUUCUGAAGUGUCAGUGGCUUGGUCGCGAUGACCAGUUCGUCAGAGUCUACACCCAGUUCCUAGGCGCUCUGAUCAGUGCUCAAGGAUCAUACCUGGAACAGGUAUUGCUGUCAUUAGUAGACAAGUUCGCCGAGUCGCGACCCUCCUCAUGGGCAGUGCCUGGCUUCCCUCCUGUCACCAAGGAGCGUAUGCAAGUUCGCCUCCACACAGCCCUUCAAUACCUGCUCCGUGUUUUCCCCGCAGCUCAUUCCGUCCUUGGCCGCAUAAUCGACAAGAAAUAUCCCUUUGACGAAGAGUCUUCACGAAUCCACCUGGCAUACGUCGACAACCUCCUUCAAUUACGUAGUUAUGCUGUACCUCUCAAGACUGUCAUUAUGGACCUGAUUAUCAGCCAUCUGGUACAGAUUGAUGCACACAUGCAGACGGACCUGGAUGAUCUGGACGACAAUCUCACCGCCAUGGUUGCCCUUGCCCUCAAAUCAUCACAGGCAACAGCUGAGCUCCAAGGCGACCAAGAGUUGGACGACAGUGACGCAGAGUCCGUUGCGAGCGACGACGACGAAGAGGAUGAGUACACCAAGGUCAAGGCUGUGAAAGAGAGUAUAGAGAAGAUGGAUUUCACAAUGAAUACCCUCUUCCGGUUGAAUGCUCCACAAUACGCCGAUCCCGAUUCAGACGAAGCCAUCGAGGCAUUUGGAGACCUGUUGGCCGAGUUCUCAAACAUCAUCCUCCCAACAUACAAGUCCCGACACACGCAAUUCCUCAUUUUCCACAUUGCCCAAAAGUCGGAACGGCUCAUGGAUGCCUUUUGCGGCACCUGCAUCAACAUUGCUUUCGAAUCACAACGGCCUCUUGUUCUCCGGCAAGCUGCAUGUGCCUACCUGGCUAGCUUUGUAGCUCGUGGCGCCCAUGUGCCAGGCCAUAUUGUUCGUACUAUAUUUGAAGUGCUUGGGUACCAUCUCGACCAGAUGCGAACAUUGUACGAGGCAUCUUGUCGUGGCCCCGACGUCCGUCGAUAUGCAGCUUUCUACUCUUUGACCCAGGCAUUGAUGUACAUCUUCUGCUUCAGAUGGCGCGACCUGGUGGCUUCCGUCCCGGAAGAUGUCGAUCGGGAUGACCCUUCAUCGUAUCUGGACCAGGAUAUUGAAUGGGAAGCUGACGUCAAGGACAUCCUUCGACGAAACAUUUACUCGAGGUUGAAUCCCUUGAAAGUCUGCUCGCCGGGCAUCGUAGACCAGUUCGCCUUGCUCGCCCAUCGUUUCAGAUUCAUGUAUGUGUACCCACUGAUCGAGGCGAACAAGCGUCUGCGGCUGUCACAGUUCGUCUCCACAGCCUACGCAAAUGGCGGGGCCUUGCGGGAGUCAGGUCUGGACCUCAGUGACGAAAGCUGGCAGCGACUGGACUCCUUUUUCCCAUUCGACCCUUACCAGCUACCAACGAGCAAACGCUGGGUGGAUCCUGACUAUCUACCGUGGCAAGACAUUCCCGGUCUCAACCCGGACGACUCAGACGAGAGUGACGAAGAGGAGGAAGUUCACGAUGAAGACGUCGAAGAGGAUACUGCAACAGAUGAUGAGACUGGCGCAGACAAUUGAAUUUGCAUCUGAACAGACAACAAAAUCAACCGUUGCAAGAACACGGGCGAAUAUCUACGUCGAUGUUCGAGAAUUGGCAUUUUACAGGCGUUCAGGCAAACCAAAAGGGUAUGAGGAUACGAAGAAUUCAAUGUGUUGCAAUUCAAGCUCGGCAUAAGGCGUUCUGGUACUGGUAUGGAGCAUCUAGUGGCGUCUGGCACAGAUAGUCGGAUAUCGUCUGCAUUCAUAUAGAUAUAUUCCUGGGGACUAUAGCUAUGUAUAUAAUCCAUGACUUCUACAACAUGCCGUCGUUCAGCUUUGCAGUCGCGAGCAACGGUAUAUUGGGAAUGCCUACUGUAUGGCAGGUAUGUAUAAUGUGUUACACCAGCGCCAAGACUAUUUCUUUCCUCAGGAAGCAUUGUUUCGGAGUAUCCGUAUCCUGGGAAAGAAGCUAUGAGGUAAAGAAGCCGAUCCACUAAGUUACGGACCCGCCACUGCGGUAAGCACCCGCGU